AUGCACAACCCCAUGCUCAUGGGUAUGAGCACCAGCACAAGCACGAGCAGCAUCGAAAGCAGUCCGUUCCACCAACCUUCCUCGCGGCGGUUGUUUCAUGACACUCCCACCGCCUCGCAACACGCGCAAGUAGCCGACCUGAUCUCACCGACUACUACGAUCAGCCUGCAGACCGAAGUGCGAACGCCUACUGCGGCUGGUGGUGCGGAUUGUCAGGACGUGUUCGGAAAGAUCGAUCAUACACCGCUUCGACAGGACACGCAUUCGACAUCGCCGCUUCCCAAUUCGCGGUCCUUGCAGAUGGGCGAUAUGCUGGAUCAUGUCUUGGAUGCACAGCAGUUUUCGAGGUUGUCUGUGGGCAACAUCAUCGCGCCGGAGAGAGGCAGCUCCAAGAAGCCACCCAAACGCCUUCCAACCGAUCCGGGCAGCACCACCGCUUCACCCACUCCGCUGUCUAGAUCGUCAGCACUAGCACGGUCCGCGCUCACAUCGAUAGCUGUCAAUACAAGUACAGACUCUGCGUUGCGCAGCAGUCCAGCAUCAGACACUUUCACACAUCGCUCCCAUGCACCCGCCGAAGAGCUCUCUAUGCACGUCAAACAUCACAUGGCAGCUUUGCAGGAGAGUCCACAGACACAUUGA